AUGAAGAGUUCUCGUGAGAUCUUGAAGAAUCUGAGGGAGUUAUAUGGGGAGAAUAGUAGGACCGCACGAUAUGAGAUAUCGAAGGAAUUGUUUCGUGCGAGAAUGCAGGAGGGAACUAAAGUCGCAGCUCAUGUGCAAAAGAUGAUCAGGCUGAUUCAGCAGCUUGAGAAACUUGAGUUCCAGAUGGAUAAAGAACUCCAUGUGGAUUUAGUUCUUCAAUCUCUCCCAGAUUCUUUCUUAGGGUUCAUUGUGAAUUUUCACAUGAAUAAGUUAUCAUGUUCGUUGUCUGAGCUGCUGAACAUGUUGGUCACUGCACAUAAUGUAAUGAACAACAAAAGGAAGGAUAAGGAAUUCAUUCUUGUGGCUGGUACUUCUUCUAGUAAGACUGGGAAGAAGAAAAAGAAGUCCAAGAAAGGCUCUGUUCCUCAACAGUCAGCAGGUGACCAAGAAAAAGGGCAAGGCAAAGGUUGCUGCGGAUAA